AAGAGAGUAGCGGCCGCAGGCUGGAGAGGCCUCGGAGCCGGGGCCGUCUGACGGGCUGGUGCCCACAGCACAGGCUCGUUGCCGCCACCCUCCCGGAAGCCGCAGACCCGGGCUGAGCCGCCGCGGACCUCUCCUCUCCUGGGUCCGGCGGCGCCAGGAGAAGGCGACGGCGUCCAGACCCCGCGAAGACGGAGAGGGGACCGCGCCCUCCCCCAGGACACCCCAGGAUCCCUGGAAAAUCCCCCGAUCCCCCACUUCACAGCUGGACAAGCCGAAGCCCCGAGAAAGGAGCGUGCCCCGGCCGGCUCCCUCAGCGAGGGGUGCCCGGGCUAAAGUGACCUGAAAAAAAUGUCUGGAUUUCUAGAGGGCUUGAGAUGCUCAGAAUGCAUUGACUGGGGGGAAAAGCGCAAUACUAUUGCUUCCAUUGCUGCUGGUGUACUAUUUUUUACAGGCUGGUGGAUUAUCAUAGAUGCAGCUGUUAUUUAUCCCACCAUGAAGGAUUUCAACCACUCAUACCAUGCCUGUGGUGUUAUAGCAACCAUAGCCUUCCUAAUGAUUAAUGCAGUAUCGAAUGGACAAGUCCGAGGUGAUAGUUACAGUGAAGGUUGUCUGGGUCAAACAGGUGCUCGCAUUUGGCUUUUCAUUGGUUUCAUGUUGGCCUUUGGAUCUCUGAUUGCAUCUAUGUGGAUUCUUUUUGGAGGUUAUGUUGCUAAAGAAAAAGACAUAGUAUACCCUGGAAUUGCUGUAUUUUUCCAGAAUGCCUUCAUCUUUUUUGGAGGGCUGGUUUUUAAGUUUGGCCGCACUGAAGACUUAUGGCAGUGAACACAUCUGAUUUCCCACAGCACAACAGCCCUGCAUGGGUUUGUUUGUUUUUUUACUGCUCACUCCCAACCUUUUGUAAUGCCAUUUUCUAAACUUAUUUUUGAGUGUAGUCUCAGCUUAAAGUUGUGUAAUACUAAAAUCACGAGAACACCUGAACAACAACCAAAAAUCUAUUGUGGUAUGCACUUGAUUAACUUAUAAAAUGUUAAAGGAAACUUUCACAUGAAUAAUUUUUGUCAAAUUUUAUCAUGGUAUAAUUUGUAAAAAUAAAAAGAAAUUACAAAAGAAAUUAUGGAUUUGUCAAUGUAAGUAUUUGUCAUAUCUGAGGUCCAAAACCACAAUGAAAGUGCUCUGAAGAUUUAAUGUGUUUAUUCAAAUGUGGUCUCUUCUGUGUCAAAUGUUAAAUGAAAUAUAAACUUUUUUAGUUUUUAAAAUAUUCCAUGGUCAAAAUUCUUCCUCACUAUAAUUGGUAUUUACUUUUACCAAAAAUUCUGUGAACAUGUAAUGUAACUGGCUUUUGAGGGUCUCCCAAGGGGUGAGUGGACGUGUUGGAAGAGAGAAGCACCAUGGUCCAGCCACCAGGCUCCCCGUGUCCCUUCCGUGGGAAGCUCUUCCGCUGUGCCUCUCAUUCCAAGGGCAGGAAGAUGUGACUCAGCCAUGACACGUGGUUCUGGUGGGAUGCACAGUCACUCCACAUCCACCACUGAAGGAAAGGAAAGAAGGGCAGAGACUUGACACUCCAGUCUUAGACAGGGGACAAUUUCUUUGUAGUUGUUCUGAUAAUAAACUGGGUUCCAUGUUUCAUUUCAUCUGUGUACUGAACCACUAGCCUAAUAGACCAGCACGGUCAACUAGAAUGACAAACAUUAGCUACUGGGAACUCUUGUUGUCUCUUCCUCUUCAGAACUGUUGUCCCCACAGGCUCCCCACCUCUGCAAGAUGGGAUACACUCUUCAGGACCACAGUUUGAAAUAUCUUUCAUAAAAUGUGCUACAAUUAGCCUUCGGAAUAUUUGCUGGGUGAUUUAAAUGUGUGGGUCUCAUUUCCAUGCUAGCCAUCGUCAUCCGACAGUCUCUAUGCUGUGAAUAUUGCCUGGUGAUCAAGACUCUCCUCAAAGAAAUGACUUGCUGUCAUCCCACAUGAACUCCUGAUGUUUUUUCUACAAAGGUCCAUAAAAUGUGACAACUGGAGAAGAUCUUAGAGGUUGAAGUCCACCUUCUCUUUUCACAUAGGAGGGAACAGACCAUGGAAAUUUAAACGACUUCCUCACGGUCACAGAACUAGUUUUUUAAUCCUCAGGCAGUGCAUCCCCCCACCCUACAACUGAGCAGAACCUCUUUCCCCACAGUGCAAUUCAGAAUAUGCUCAGGGAAUGCCAGCCACCUUGUAAAACUGCUGGGAGAAAAGCAUGAUUCCCACAAGGACUAAGUAUCAGUGAUUUGUAAUUUUCCUGUUUUGUAUUAUCUGCUUUGCUGAUGUAGACAAGAGUUAACUGAGUAGCAUGCUUUAUUAAGCAUGAGAAAGAAUCUUAAGAAUUGUCAAUAAAAUUAACCCAAAACUUUAAUAAUGUGUCUGUAACCAAGAAAAUAUUGAUAGCAUCAUCCUAAUGAAACUAAACAUUUAUUUUAAACUUAUUAAAUUGACUCAAACUAA